ACUUUGUACUAUAAUGGAUAGCUGGCACUUGAUGGUUUACACUACUUCCACUGCCUAUGGACUAUUGGUUUUGGUGAAUGUGAGUCUCAGCGGGUUUGUUGAUAAGUUGUCUGAAGAACUUGAUUUGCAGGAGCCUUACUUCCUAAACCUCUCCCAGUGCUACUCCGGCUAUCCCUCUAAGGCUCCGCCUCAGCCUGUUAUGGGCUACUGGUGUCUUCAAGUGUCUCUCUACAUGUCUGAGCUGGUCUCUUGUCUAGUUGGUACCAUGCCCAGGAAGAAGGAAAGAUUCGUGUGUUUAAUGUUUUGAUGUGAGUACCAAAUGUAUGUGUGCAAACAGGACUUUUUAGCUC